CUCUUCCAGAUUUUUAUUUCCCUCAAUUUAAAAAAAAAAUGCACCGAAAGGAACGAUGUCGUUUAUCUGAAUUUCCGCAUAUACGAGCCAACGCAAUAGGCUCCAUACUCCAUAGUAACUGCAUAACCGAAACAUUUAUUCUCUUGCUCCCUCACUCCGUCUCUCUGCGUCUCCAUGUGCUCCAUUUUCAUAUAUCAUCACCACACAAUCUUUAGGUUUUACUUUAGAUCUGAAUUCAAACGGGAAUUCUCUUCGCCUGCAUACUCUCGCAGUUGUGUAUUCAAAUCGACAUUAUAAAUAGCCAAUGGGAGUAGUUAUUGAGAGCUCCGUUUGGGAACCGAAUCCCUCCAUAUACAUCUUCCUCUUCGUUUGUUGUUGCUUCUCGAUCUUUCUUUUCCCUUACGCCUCUAACCACCACAGAACCUCCACAAUUUUCGAUCAUGGAAUCUCUUCCUCCUUUCUCCGUUUCCAACGCAACUUCCUCUUCGUUUAUUCUCUCGCUUCAGUGAUGGAAGGUCUGUGGUCAGUGUUCGGGGAGUAUGAGUUAGCUUCGUAUGGACUCAGCCGAAAACAGAUGAUCGAGUCUCUGUAUUAUGGAUACACAACGGCUCUCUUCGCUGCUCCUUUCCUUGGCGUGCUUUCAGAUUUGAUAGGUCACAAGAAAGUCUCCCUAAUCUUUUGCAUCCUACACCUGUUUGCUGGCAUAUGGAAGAGGUUUUCAGAGCAACCAAGCAUUUUUAUGACUAGCAUAUAUCUCUCUCUGGCCAGUACUAUAUUUUUAUUCAGUUUUGAGACUUGGAUGGUUACUCAACAUGAAAAGCAAGGGCACAGGCAAGAUUCACUUAAUGACACAUUUUGGUUAAUGACUUUCUUUGAGUCUGCAUGGUUAAUUGCCAGCCAAAUGUUUGCAAAUUGGCUUAUUGGUAAUAGUACAGACAAAAACAUUGCUCCUUCCUCUACUAUUAUCAUCCUGGCAACCAUAUGCUUUACUUUUGUCACCAGAGGAUGGACAGAAACCCCAGGAGCAGGGACUUUUAAAGAGUAUAGUAGGUCCUUCUAUGCAUAUAUUUUUGGUGAUAAGAGGAUAUGGCUGUUAACCUGGGCACAAAUGUGCCUUCACUUUUCAAUUGGAAUUUUUUGGAUCCUCUGGGCGCCUACUGUGGUGGCUGAUGGGCGAGAGGUGCAAUUAGGAUUGAUAUAUCCUUCUUUUUUGGCAUCAAGGAUGAUAGGAAGCACCAUAUUUCCUUGUCUUACAAGUGGUCCAUCGUCACUUAGAACUGAGGACUGCCUAGUAUAUGCAUACGUUGUAUUGGCUCUUCUCCUGUCUUUUGUGGCUUAUGACUAUCAGGAAAUUGGAUUUCUGAUGACAUUAUUUAGCAUGUUUCAUGCUUGUGUCGGGUUCAUUUUACCGUCACUUGCCAGAUUGAGGACCAUGUAUGUGCCUAAUGAAUUGCGUGGAGGAAUGAUGGGCCUUUCUAUUGCUCCUGCAAAUGCAGCAAUUCUUCUUUCUGUGGUACAGGGUGGUUAUUAUCGGAAUGUUGGAAAUUCAGCAUUAAUGGCAUUUGGUGUGCUUGGUUUAUUGCUAGCAGCUGUUUGCAUGCAUGCCCUGAAGCAAUUGGGAAAGCAACCGUAUCACAAUUGGCAUAAACAGUGAAUGGAUAUCCCUUUGGCAGGGUUUGUUUAGUGGUGGCUGUCUCUCUCUCCUGUUGACAGAAAUGAGUAGUCAGGAGAUCAAACUUCGAUGAGGCAAAUGCAGACGAAGAGCAAUAAAUUUCUGAAGUGUACGACACUCAACUCGUAAUGACUGAAAUUGGGGUACAUGUGUAAAAACUAAGAACUAAGAGAAAGACUGGCGGGCAACUUCACAGUUUACUUCUUUAUUUUAAAUCUUAAUAUCAAGAUCGGGUUCUCUACUGAUUUGAGUGAUUUGAGUAUGUCAGCCUUAUAGGGCUAUACAUGACUAACGGGUUUCUAAUCUUGUUUAAUUAUUGUAGCUUACACACUUUGCUGCUUGGGUUUGCUAAUGGAAUCUAGUCAACAACCGCACAUGCUUUCGAAGGUGGUAUCUGAAUCUUUAUGUGCUUACGCAUGCCAGUUUUGUCCAGAAAUGCAUCUAAAGACGAGGAGGUGAAAACUAAUUCUUGUUUUAUUAAUGUGAUCACUGUAUGGUUAUUGACGUGUUUUAGCCUGAGCUUAUUAGUUAAUACUUAAUACUUAAUU